CCCGCCCCCGGCCCCUGCCUCCUUUUCUCUCGCCUGCGCUGGCCCGCGUUCAGCCGGUGGGUCGUAGGGGAGCCCGCGCAAGCUUCAACUUCCCGGGAAGUUGGCGCUGCCACCUCACCCAACUCUCCUCUCAGAGUUCCGACGCCGUCGCGUCCCUUCUUCCCAUCGGUGUGACUGUUUCUUGACUCUGUCCUGUGAAGCUGUCCUGCCUGAGUACCUGGAGAAGAUGCUAAAACUUGUGGCUACAGAUGUCUUUAAUUCCAAAAACCUGGCUGUUCAGGCUCAGAAGAAGAUUUUGGGUAAAAUGGUGUCAAAAUCCAUUGCGACCACCUUAAUCGAUGACACAAGCAGCGAGGUGCUGGAUGAGCUAUACAGGGUGACCAAAGAGUACACCCAAAACAAGAAGGAGGCAGAGAAAGUCAUCAAAAACCUCAUCAAGACAGUCAUUAAGCUGGCCAUUCUUUACAGGAAUAAUCAGUUCAAUCAAGAUGAGCUGGCACUGAUGGAGAAGUUCAAGAAGAAAGUCCAUCAGCUGGCCAUGACCGUGGUCAGUUUCCAUCAGGUGGAUUUCACCUUUGACCGGAAUGUCUUAUCCAGGCUACUAAACGAAUGCCGAGACCUGCUCCACCAGAUCAUUCAGCGCCACCUCACCGCAAAGUCUCACGGACGCAUUAAUAAUGUCUUUGAUCAUUUUUCAGAUUGUGAUUUUUUGGCUGCCUUGUAUAAUCCCUUUGGGAAUUUUAAGCCUCACUUACAGAAACUUUGUGAUGGCGUCAACAAAAUGCUGGAUGAGGAAAACAUAUGAUCAUGUGAGUGGUGAAGGGUGACUGACUGCUCAUGAGUUAUUGGAAGAUGGAGCACUGCUGAUUGAUGAAGGAAAAAGGAACUUGUUUUUUUAAAAUGACUACACAUAUUUCAGAGAGAUGUUGCCCAAUUUGUCAGAUGUUAACCAUGGUGUUUCAUGGGGCUUGUUUUGUCUGAAGAAAAAGCAUGUUGCCCAAAAGUCUGACAGUUAACCAAUCUUGGGAAAAGUUGUGUGAUUUCAGGAUGCGAAUGUGGAGUUCAAAAAACAUCAUUGGCUCCAGAACUCAAGAACACCUUUGGCAGGGCAUUUCUCCCAUUGAUGCCACAUUGGCUAUUUGUGUACAAAGCUGUGUGUUUUGACUCACUUUCACUCCUUACUAUGAUAUGUACCUCUUGUAAGCCAAGAUUUAGCUCUUGCUGUCACUGCUUCUUUUUAAACAAUUCCAUUUUUAAGUCUACUUUUUGUUAAAGAUUUUGUCAUUGGCAUUCAAGAAUGUAAGUCUUAGUUUAUUAAGGCAUUCAAGAAUUAAACCCUCAGGAAAAUAAAAAACUGCUUCCCUGAAGUGGAAAUUGUAGAGAUGAGCUGUAUUGGGCAUUCUGUAUAAUGUCUAUUCUACAAAUAUGCUUCUGGAAUUGAGUUCUAGUUUUCAGUACUGACAGUGAUACUUUCCCAAAAUGUGAUAAUUCCCCCAAACGUAAUGGCUUUUUUAUUCCCUCGAAAUGCUUGCUGAGAGUUUAACUUUCAGUUAUUUUAAAAAACAUGCUAAAAGGAUCUUCAUUUUUAAUAUGCACUCCACAUGUCAGAGACAGAGAAAAUCUAGAUUGUUCUUGACAGUGGAACAAUAAAAAGUGCCAUGAAGAAGAAAAAAAAACAUUUGUUUUUAGAAUGGAGUCCAUCAAAAUAACUUAAUUUAGGUCUGUUAGGCAAAACAGAAGAAUGAAUAUUGCUGUAGAACCUGGGAGUGAAAAAUGAAUGCAUUUCAAUGUUUAAUAAGAUUUAAUAGGUAAAUAAAGAAUGUCACUUUUUUAUUUAACUGAUAAGGUUUUUUGUUGUUUUGUUACUUGCUGUUUUGAUGAGUAAACCAAAGAAAAUUUACAUUCCAAA